UGUUGUAUACGUGUACAAGUAAUUAUUGGCCAACAUUUUAUAGCUGCCGUAGAAAUCAAAUAUUGUUAUUGGCGUGUAUUUUCAGACAUUUUAACAUUUGUUAUAUUGGUUGUUUUUUGUUUGUUUGUUUUUUAAAAGGAAAAACACUAUUAGUGGUUGAGUUUUAAUUUCAUGAAACAAAACUUGCUGCUUAAUUAACCACUGAAAUAUAAAAAUGAGAAUUUUAAUUUUAAGAAUAAUUUCAAUUAUUUGCUUAGCACACGUGACUUUAGCAGAAAAGGGAGCAUUUACUACUUACGUGAACUUGGAAAAACUUUACGCGAUUGAGGAUGAAUUAUUGACUCUUUCAUCGGUGAUUUUAAGCCAAGAACGUGUUUUGCAUGGCGAAGAUGAUGUGCAUGGAAUUUUCAACAUAUCAGGUACCCUAGAUACAGUAAAAGACAUCCACAGGAGCAUAGUUAGUGCCAACAACGUGACGUCAUAUAUUGUCAACCCAAUCAAUAUAUUCCACCUAGUUAAAAGGUUGUCACGUGACUGGAAUAAAGUGAUAGCUGUACUAGAAGACAGCAAGUCAUGUGCGAAAGUUAUGCGAGUAAAAGUAGACAAUAUGGCAGACAAUAUGCCAACAGGAUCACACUUAAAACUAGUUACAGAGGCUAUACUUCGGAUGCAAGCACUGUAUGACUUGUCUGCUUAUGACGUCAUUUCCGGAAAUGUUAGCAAUGAUACGUCAUUAUCUCCACUAUCUUUGGAUGACGCCUUUGAUGUUGCGCGCGUUGCUUAUGAGACGAAGCAGUAUGUCCUUGCGGUUGAUUGGCUCAAUUUCGUCACGAGCAAUUUCGACCCAGAUAUGGCUUCGUUUAGUAUCACAAAUGCAUUAAAUUUGUUGUCAUCGUCUAAUCUAAAGCUAAGCAGACCGAAGGAAGCUCUUCGUACCAUCGAGUCUAUUCUACAGUUGGAUCCUAAUAACAAUAAUGCCAAACGAAAUAAGGAGUACAUUUUGAUUAAGAUAAACGAGGGAAUGAAGGAAACCAAGAUUAAUACACCGAUUUUGCGCACAAAGAAAGACCGCCUACUACAGAAAUUUUGUCGUGUGAAAAAUGAGAAUCUAGCAAAAGGCAAGGGUUUCUGUACAUAUACAAGAAGUCGAAACUUGAAGGAGUAUUUUGCACGUCCUUCAAUAAAAACCGAGGUGCUGAGUCUACGCCCGCUGGUAGUAUUGUAUCACGACUUGACCAACACCAGUCAGCAAAAGGCGGUUGCUCAUUUGGGAUAUGAAAAGAUGAGAGAUUUGCUUUACAAAGAUCACUACACUUAUCCAAACGGAAUAGAUGGUUUCAUAGUUGAUGACUGGACGUACUGGCAGUGGAUACCCAAACUGCGAGAGACGCUUAACAAUAUUGAUCUCUCCUUCAACAGACCAGCAUUCUCACAUUUCAUGGUCAAGAAUAUUGGCUUGGAAGGGUAUGAGACCACACCUUUGGAUCAAUCUGAAAGGCAUCUGCUGGGAACGUUUGUUGUUUUUCUGUCGGAACCGUCAAGUGGUGGAGGAAAUAUUGUCUUCCCUUUUCUCAAUGUCACAGUGCUUCCACAGAAGGGUUCUGUCUUAUUCUUUGAGAGGAAGGCCCAUCAACAGAUGACAGUUUGUCCAGUCCUGGCUGAUACCGAAUGGGUGGGAAUUUACCAUCUACAAGACCAGAUGUACACUGACGUUUGUUAUGCUGAUGUCAUGAAAAGGCCAAAGCGUUCUUAGAAAGGGGUGUUCAAUGUUGAAGACUGUACAAGUCGGGUUGUUUUGUUUAUUCUAAAAUGUUCUGCAGUAAAAUAAGUGUGAAUGUGUAGUACGUAUGUAUUAACAUAAUUGUAUUAAUGGUAGCUCUAUUGUAUGUGUGUAACUGUAUAUUGAUUGAUUUUAAAUUAGUGUCUGAUUAAAGUUAUUGUUUAAUACGGAAAUGUAUUCAAUGUCUAUAUACAAUUGUUCAUACAUGCAUUUAUAAGUGUGUCUGUAUUUAGGGAUGUGCUUAUGUAAAUGCGAUUUAAGGAACAUUAUCAUAUCCUUUUGUGCCAUUAUGGUAUAUUUGCAAAAUAUUUGGUUGAACAAAACAAAUUAAAAGAACAAAAAUCAA